AUGAACACCCUAGCAAAUCAUGGCUUCCUUCCCCACGACGGCAGAAACAUCACACGAAACACUAUCAUUGAAGGACUAUCGGCGGCCCUCAACUUCAACGCCUCGCUCGCGAGUCUGAUGUUUGAUAUGGCUAUUGUUGUUAACCCGGAGCCCAACGCUACAUUUUUUACUCUUCGGACCGAUGCUUACUUUGGCAACAACCACGUCUUCAACGAGACAAUCUUCGAAGAAACAAAGAAGUAUUGGACCGGACCCACCCUUGACGCCAACAUGUUAGCCAACAGCAAGUUGGCUCGUCAGGUCAGCUCUAAAGCAUACAAUCCCACCUAUACAUUCACAUCGUCGAUGGAACAAUUCAGUCUCGGUGAAGUUGCUGCUCCCAUUAUCGCAUUCGGCGAUAUCCAAAACGGAAAGGUCAACAGAACUCUGGUAGAAUAUUUCUUCGAACAUGAACGUCUCCCGACUGAAUUGGGAUGGUCCCGACGGGAGGAAGUUGUAAGUUUGAUGGACAUUACGGGCGUGACCCAGAUGAUUGGAAAUGCUACCAAUCUUAUCACUCCUUCUAAGGAGUCUCGGGCGAGUAGACGCCGAGACUUGCAUUCCGGCCUUGGCUUGUAA